AUGACGGUAUACGGAGGGGAUGAGAUCAACGCGCUCGUGUUGGACCCGGGAUCCUGGUAUACGCGGUUUGGGUACGCUGGCGAUGACUUCCCCAAAGUGAUCACGCCGCUGUACUACGCGGAGAAGGAGGACGGGACCAGGCUUUUUGGGGACGAACAAUUGAACGUGCCGCGAGAGAACUGUGAAAUCAAGUCGAUCAUCACCGACUCCAUCGUCACCGAUUGGGACGCUGCGUUUGCCCAAUUCUCUCACUAUUUCGAUACCACUCUUCAGAUCGAACAGCCCGACCAACCCAUCCUCAUCACCGAACCGGUGUGGGCGCUGACCGAGUACCGCCAGAAGAUGAUUGAGCAAUUUUACGAACAAUACAAUUUCCCGGGGCUUUACCUUGCCAAGACCCCCACCUGUGUUUCAUUUCAGCAAGGGCGGCCUAACUGUCUCGUGGUGGAUAUUGGCCACGAUCUGGUCAGCGUCACCCCCGUGGUCGAUGGCAUUUCCCUCUUGAAACACCUGGUACGUACCCAUUAUGCCGGUCAGUUCCUUAAUGACGAAAUUGCUGAUUAUAUGGCAGCCAAGCCCGUGGACGCGGUGCCGUCAUUUGAGGUGGCGUCAAAGGAAGUGACAAAGUGGCCCGAGGGCCCCACAUUCACCAAACGGAAGGUGCCGAAGUUUUCGGCGCUGUUUGAAGCUUAUCAUAGAGCUAAGAUCUGGCAUGAGUUCAAGGAGACGGCGUUGGAAGUGCCGGAUAAGCUGUUGGCUCAAGACAAAGACGACGAAGAGUACACUGGCGAGGCCGCCGAGCGUCUCUUUGAGAUGCCUACGGGUCAACAAGUGCCGGUGGGCUACGAACGGUUCCAAAUUGCCGAAUCGGUGUUUGACCCUCACAUCUACAAGUUCCAGGACACCGAAAAGUACAACUACCCUGACGAAAAUGGCGACUUAAACAUCAAGGGUGUUUACGAUGACCACCGCGCCACUAAACGACAACGUACCGCCGAAAAACUCAGCGACGCUGCUGCCGAGUCGGACGGUAACACUACUCGCGGGUUGGCUAAACUCAUUAGCCAUACCCUUAAUCUGGUGGACAUUGACCUCCGGGCGUCGGCGGCUCACAAUAUCAUCGUGACCGGGGGUACGCUGUUGGUGCCUCACCUCACUGAAAGAUUGUACAAAGAGCUUUCCACCGCCAAUCCGGGGCUCAAGAUGAGAUUGCACGCGGUGGGGAACUCGUCGGAACGGGUGAACCAGGCGUGGAUUGGCGGUAGUGUGUUGGCAUCGUUGGGGACGUUCCACCAGUUAUGGGUGCUGAAACAAGAAUACGAAGAGGUGGGGGCUGACCGUAUAUUGACCCAGCGGUUCCGUUAA